GUAUAACACAAUUAUAGGAAUCAAUUGUAUAUAAAUACCCAUGUACAGAUUAAUUGAAAUAUAUGAGAAUUAUCUCUUUCUACAGGAAGGAAGAGCACCUCGUCGCGGGUCCUCGCUUGAAGUCUCUCAGCCAUCCGGUGAGGCACGUGAUCCCAUGCGUCGACAUAUGCUUUCCGCCCCGUGUACACACGCCGACGCAUGAGCCUGUUCCUGGUCAGUUUUUUUGGCCACACCUUUUUUCGACAACAUCCCUAGAGUACCGCGCCUCUGCCCAGCUCAUUCCUAUCUCUAGUUUGCAAUUUUUUUUUUUUGGGUAUUUGUUUUGCCUACUGUCUCUUUUAAUCAGUUCUCUAAAUCAUGUCUGAUGGAAAAAAUUUUGUAGUUGAAGGAAAAAUGGCUACAAUAACUGAAAAUUUCUCAUUAAUUAUUAGCCUCGUAAAGCUUGAUGGGACAAAUUACCUUGCAUGGUGUAGAUCAUGUCUCCUUUUUAUUCAAGCUAAAGGGUUGCAGGGUCAUCUUACUAGAGAUAAGCAAAAAUUAGAAAAAUCUGUUUCUACCUAUAGUCAGUGGGAGUCAAAAAAUUCUCUUAUCAUGUCAUGACUUAUCAAUUCCAUGCACCCGCACAUAGCUCGUGAGUAUUUACUGUUGAAUAGUGCAACUGUCAUUUGGAGUGCAGUUUCUCAGACUUAUUCUCAAGUUAGGAACGAUGCACAAGUGUAUGAGCUUCGAAAUAAGUUCAUGGUAUAAAACAAGGUGAGCUAACUAUUGUUCAAUAUUAUGCAGAAUUGAGUGGUCUAUGACAGGAACUGGAUUUUUACCAGGACUUUCAGGGCUCAUGUUCUGAUGAUGCAGUUAAAUUUCAGAAGUUGGUUGAGAAAGAGCGGAUCCAUGAUUUUCUUACUGGGUUGAAUGUGGAAUAUGAUCAAAUUAGGGUCCAAGUACUUGGGAAGGAUCCUUUACCUACCUUAAGCAGACAUACUCUUAUGUUCAGCAGGAAGAGUGCCAUGAUUUAUUCUAUGUCUGUUGAUAAGGCAAGGCUAGCUGCUAAUUCCUCACUUGAACAGUUACAUAGUUCAUCAGAUAAGGAUCAGCUACACUGUGACUAUUGUGGAAAAAACCGGCAUACUAAGAAACAUGGUUGGAAAUUGCAUGGACGCCCUACUAAAGGGCAUGGAAGAAAAAGGAUGGGCUCUGUUAGACCACAAGCUAAUGGAUCCGAGGCUGUGAAUCUGUCUGAAUAUACUGCCAUCACUGGGAUGUUUUUCAAUGAAGAGGUACAGACUCUUCACAACUUGAAUCGCAAUCCACCACAGUUGCAUCUUCUAACUUCGUCAACUCAGGAAAAGAAAAAGUCUGCACGGCGGAUGGAUCCUUAUCUAGUGUUUCUGGAACAGAAGUUGACGACAGGGAGAACGAUUGGCAAUGGUAGACUGCAAGAUGGGCUAUAUCUCUUAAAUGAUUAUGUUGGCCAGGCCAUGUUUGGCCAAUCUAUGGGUGCCGAGGAACAAAUUAUCAUGUGGCAUAAGAGACUAGGACAUCCUUCAUUUACUGUUUUAGAGAAACUUUAUCAUUUUCUAUUGAAACAAUGUAAAACUGAAUUGUUAGUAUGUGAUGCUUGUGAGUUUACUAAACAUACUAAACAAUCUUAUUCUGCAAUAAAUAAUAAGGCUUCAGUCUCUUUUAUGACUAUCCAUUCUGAUGUAUGGGAGCCUACUCAAACUGUUUUUAUUGGGUUAUAAAUGGUUUGUGACCUUUAUUGAUUAUUGCAGUAGGUUAACUUGGGUAUAUUUGAUGAAAGGGAAAAAUGAAGUUUUCUCUUGUUUCCAGCAGUUUUAUAAAAUGUUUAGUACACAGUUUGAUGCUCAUAUUAAAAUAUUGAGAAUUGAUAAUGAUACAGAAUAUAUGAAUGGAGUCUUUCAGGAGCAUUUAAAGUCACAUGGGAUUUUACAUUAGACUUAUUGUGUUAAUACUAGUUUACAAAAUGAGGUAUCUGAGAGAAAAAAUACACUUACGUGAGGUUGCUAGGUCUCUUAUGUUUACCAUGAGUAUUCCUAAACCUUACUGGGGGAUGCUAUUCUUUCUGCUGCAUAUCUUAUUAACAGGAUGUAUUUUCAGGUACUGAAGUUUAAGAGUCCUUUAGAGGUUUUGCAGGGUAAAAAUUUAUAUUCCGUUCCUCCAAAAGUAUUUGGUUGUGUUUGCUUUGUUCAUAAUCUUAAUAGUGGAAAAUUUGAACCUCGGGCCCUGAAAUGUGUUUUUGUUGGUUAUUCUAGUACUUAGAAGGGAUAUAGGAAUUAUCCUUCAUGGAAUCUGAAUCUUAUUUCCAUCCACCUCUUCAAGGGGAGCAUAGGAAGGAAGAGGUGUAUUUUCCUUCAUCCUCAUCCUCUCCCAACCUUCAACUUCAGGGAGAGAAUUUGGAUUUAGAGCCUAUGUCUAACAAUGAUACUCGGGGAGUUACCUAAAUCUUGAGAAAGACUGAAAAGGCCAAAUUUGAGAACAUGUACUCGGCAAAAUAAGACAGAUAUAACCAUCGGCGAAUUCCUGGAUUCAAUUGCUGGACAUCUUGAGGUAUGUGAUAAGUCUCCUUUGGCUCCUGAUGAGUCUAAUUUUGAUUCUCAGUCUGUUCUUCCUUCGUCUGAUAGUGAUCUUGAUAUUCCUAUUCUUCUCCGAAAAGGUGUGAGGACCUAUACUAAAUAUCCCAUUUCUAAUUUCAUGUCCUAUAAUUCUCUGUCUCCAUCCGACAGAGCCUUUCUAUUGUCUAUUUGCUCUGUCUUUAUCCCAUAGAAUUGGAAGAAAGUUUGUCUUGAUCUAAAUGGAGGGCAGCUAUGGUGGAGGAGAUGAAAGCUUUGGCAAAGAAUGAGACAUGGGAACUGGUUAUUCUCCCACUGGAAAAAGAAGAGCAGAUGGUUCACUGUGAAGCAUAGAGCAGAUGGUUCAAUUGAGAAGUAUAAGGUCAGACUGGUAGCAAAAGGUUUCACACAGACGUACGAAGUAGAUUACUAAGAGACCUUUGCUCCUGUUGCUAAAAUGAACACCAUCAGAAUUCUGUUGUCUUGUGCAGUGAAUCUUGAGUGAGACUUGCACCAAUUUGUUGUUAAAAAUGCCUUUCUACAUGGUGACUUGGAAGAAGAAGUGUAUAUGGAAAUUCCUCCAGGGUUUGAGGAUGAGAAGACUAGAGGGAAAGUUUGCAGAUUGAAAAAAUCUUUGUAUGGUCUAAAACAGUCACCUAGAGCAUGGUUUGAUAGGUUCAGUAAAGCGAUGAUCUCCUUUGGAUACUGUCAAAGCAAUGCUGAUCAUACCUUAUUUAUGAGGCAUCGUAGAGGCAAAAUCGCACUACUUAUUGUCUAUGUGGAUGAUAUUGUGGUAACUAGUGACGAUAAAGAACCAAUGACUCUUUUAAAGGAGCGCCUAGCAUAAGAGUUUGAAAUCAAAGAUUUGGGAAGGUUUAAGUACUUUCUUGGAAUAGAGGUUGCCAGAUUAGAUAAGGGAAUCUUUAUUUCUCAAAGAAAGUAUAUCUUGGAUCUAUUGGAAGAAACUUGUAAACCGGUGGAGUCUCCCAUUAAGGCCAAUCAUAAAUUGCAAGCUGGAAUUGGAAAAUCAGUGAAUUUAGGGAGAUUUCAGAGGUUGGUUGGCAGACUAAUUUAUCUUUCGCAUACUAGACCGGACAUAGCAUAUGCAGUUGGUUUAGUGAGUCAAUAUAUGCAUCAUCCCCGUGAAUCUCAUUUGGAGGCUGUUUUCUGUAUUUUGCGAUACUUAAAAUCUACACUUGGGAAAUGACUUCUUUUUUCAAAGCAUGAUCACCUUCAUAUUAAAGCCUUUACAGAUGCAUAUUGGUCUGGGUCUCUUGAUGAUAGGAGAUCAACAUCAGGAUAUUGUACUUUUGUUGGUAGUAAUCUAGUCAUCUGGAGAAGUAAGAAGCAAAAUGUGACAGCUAGAUUUAGUGCAGAGGUUGAAUUUAGGGUAAUGGCUCAAGGUAUUUGUGAGUUAUUGUGGUUACGGAAGUUGAUGGAGAAAUUAAAACUGUUUGAAGCUAAUGUUUUGUUUUUGUUUUGUGAUAACAAAAAUGCAAUCAGUAUAGUUCAUAAUCCAGUUCAGCAAUCUGACCAAGCACAUAGAGAUUUACAGACACUUCAUAAAAGGAAAAAUUGUAGAUAGUUCCUUAAGUGUUUCUUACGUAGGUUUGAAAGAUCAGUUAGCUGAUGUGUUCACUAGGGGUUAAGUUGUAAGGUGUUUCAUACCCUAGUUUGCAAGUUGGACAUGUGCAAUAUACAUGAACCAACUUGAGGGAGAGUGUUAGAAUCCCUUAAUUUGUGCAUUAGCUAUAGCUAAAUUAGAAUGUAAAUUAGUGAUAUUAGGGAUAUUUGUAUUUAUUAGCUUUUAUUUUUUUCCUAUUAAGGUUUAGCCUUUGUGUAUAAAUUUGAAUCAUUGUAAAAUCAAUUUAUAUAUUAAAAUACAUAUAGAAAUUCUUCAAUUCUCUCUAAUUUCGUCAGUUUGUAAUGAUUCAAGAUUGUACAAUGUGUUUAAAAUUG